AUGGCAACCGAAGUCGGUGGUAUGCCGAAUGGCUACGCGCAUCACCAGGGCUAUGCCGGCAUAGAUCAGAACAGCUACGGAUAUGCCGCCAAUGCCGCCGCAUCCCAGGCCCCUGCUCAGCAGGUCCCGCCGACCUCGUCUACCCCGUCGAACGCACAACCACAGCCCCAAUCGGAGAUUAGCAAGGACGAGGUCGGCUGGUACUUCGUCGAGCAAUACUACACCACCCUCUCGCGGAGCCCUGAGAAGCUCUACCUCUUCUACAACAAGCGCUCGCAGUUCGUGUCGGGUCAGGAGACGGACAAGGUGCCGGUGUGCGUUGGUCAGCGUGCCAUCAAUGACAAGAUCAGAGACCUGGACUUCCAGGACUGCAAGGUGCGCGUCACCAACGUUGACUCGCAGUCUUCGGACUCGAACAUCGUCAUUCAAGUCAUUGGUGAGAUCUCGAACAAGGGUCAGCCACACAAGAAGUUCACCCAGACUUUCGUGCUCGCCACCCAGACCAAUGGCUACUUUGUCUUGAACGACAUCUUCAGGUACCUGGUUGAAGAGGAAGAUGAGCCGGAGACUGAGACUGCCCAGCAGGUGGAAGAUGCUCAGCAGGUGUCAGGCACUGAGAGUGGUUUCCAAGAGCCACCGCCGACGGAGGCUGAGCCCAAGACUCUCACCAAAUCUGCCGACCCAGCAGCAGUGGAGCAUGAUGCGGCUCAGGUCGGCAAGGGAUUGGAGGAGAAGGUGGUCAACCACGUGGAGGAGGAGACGGCACUUGUCGUCAACGGAGAGCAUGCAGAGAUCGAGGAGCCGGCCGUGGAAGAGACGCCAGCCACCACAGCCCCAGAGACCAUCCAGUCCAACGAGAAUGAGCGACCAAGCACCACGGAGUCUGAGGUCCAGCCUGAGAAGCCCAAGGACCCCGAGCCCACCCCAAUUGCCUCCCCACCAAACCAGGCCGCUCCACAGCCUGCUCCAGCGCCCAAGCCCGCUGGGCCAGCAGCACCAAAGACGUGGGCCAACCUCGCUGCUGCAGCCAACCGAGUUGCCACUCCCGCUACACCAGCUGCUCCUCAAACUGCUGCUUCAUCUUCGAAGCCAGCUACGAAGGCCGCACCAACCGCCCCUUCCGCACCAGCCGCUACGCCAGCAGCGGCCACGCCUUCUGGACCGGCCGCGCAGCGUCAGGAACCGGCAGCUUCUGACUCGCAGGAUGAGUGGACGGCAGUCGGUGGGAGCCACAACCGCCAGCAGUCCCGUCAAGCCAACGUCCCGCAGCCGGAGCAGCCACAGCAUCGGGGCUACAUUAAGAACGUGCACGAGAAUGUCGACUACGAUGAGCUAAAGGCAGAGCUUGAGAAGUUCGGUGAGCUCUCCUACUUCGACAUUGCUCGGCAGAAGAACUGCGCAUUCGUCGACUUCAAGACGGCUGACGGCUAUAACGCAGCUCUGAACGUUCCAUUCGAGCUUGGCGGCGAGAAGAUCUUUGUCGAGGAGCGACGCAUCCGGCAAGGUUCGACUCCAUACAUCCCACGAGGCCAAUUCCAGGGUGGUCGUGGUGGACGCGGUGGUGCUGGUGGUCAGGGAGCUCCGCGCGGCAACUUCCAGGGCGGACGUGGUGGAAAUGCACCACAGAAAGGAGGCCGUGGCAACUUUGCGCCUCAGCGAGGUGGACGGGGUGGAGCUCAGGCUUAA